GGCCAACGCGGACACUGUGCGUGGUUUCACCGCUCGAGCACGGGAAGGGAAAUUAGACCCUUGAUAACCGCUCACCUUUACCUCGACUCUUGGGCUUCAACCUCACCCUCGCCCCGCGCAGCCUACUCAUCCUCCUCUUCUUGUCACGCUCCCGUCUGACAGCCACUUUUAAAAGCCAUAUGCGACCCUGACUGCGAUCGGCCGCACACUCGCAACUACUUGGACUCUGAACAGGAGACAAGCAAACAACUCCCCGACAUGAAGCUUCUCCCUCUCCUCGCCACGUCUGCCCUCGCUGUCGGCGCCGUGGGUUCAAACAUAGUCCAGGCCCUCGAGGAACUCAAUCGGGAGGCUGAAAUGCUCAAGCGAAAAGUGGACGCUGCCUCCGACCCAACGCGAUACUCCGUGCUCUCGGUCCUCGCGACCGCCGUUCCUCCGGACGCUCGUCCCCUUAUCACUGCCGUUCCGAUGGCCUACACAGACGCCAACGCUCCAGACUGGUACAAGCAACUCCCCAAUGAUGUCAAGAGUCUGCUACCUGAGCUGUAUCCACAGGUGAAGGCGAAGGAGGAAGUAACGACGAAUGCGGCCUCUGGCGAUGGGCUGGCGGAUACCAUCACCUCGACCGCGAGUUCAGCGACUUCUACGAGCGUGGAUCCUAUUGAGACGGCCACUGCGACGACGACGAUGACGUCCACAUCCACCGCGACGGUGACGGCGACGAUUACGAACGGGACAAUGACGAAUGGAACGGUGUUGGCCCCGACAAACCCCCACCCAACCGAAAGCCCAUCUCAUACUGGAUCCCAUACUGGUACCGGCAUCCGGGAUAUCAGCGUCAACUUCUUCUCCACGGUGCUGAUGAUCGGGGUUAGCGCUCUGUUCUGCCUAUUCGGGUAGUUGUUUAACGGCGGGCGGCCUGCAGAUAUAUUUAAUGCUGAAGGCUGGCUGGGUGCGAGUUAAGGUGAUGUAAAGGUGGUACACUGUCUGAAAGUCAAUGUCGAUUCUUCUGGGAUAUGAUCAAGUCGGGUGACGUUGAUGGAAAUGCAGGGUCAUAUAGCUACC